CGAAAUACUCGUUUCUACUUCGAAGUCUUCGAACAUCGAAAAUAUCGAAUAAAUAAUAAAAACAUACAAACCAUGUAUAUCGAAAGUUGACAGUAACAUUGACCUAAGAUUUUGACAAGGUGCGUAGGAGUAGGGGGACGUUUUGUGUUCCCAGUGGUCGGACGCGAUUCGUACGGAUUACGCGUGUCGUCACGCACCGAAAACCAAGUGCAUAGUGGUCUUGUGGAACUUUGUGUAUGUUAAAAUAAAUAGUGUUAAAAUUAACAAGUUCUUGUGGUAUACAAGUGCAAAAUAACUGUUCGUGAAAUUUCACUUUUACACGAUUGGAUUUUUUCCGGUGAUAGUUCCGACAUGUUUCUGUGGAGUUUAUUUAUUAUAUCCCGAUAAAUGCACACAAGAAAACCAAAGCUAGAACAAAAGUGAUGAAGUAUUGGAGAAGCCACAAACAUGGAUACUAUAGGAGCAUUAAGAACUAGCCGAACAAAAUGGAGGCUGAACACUUUAAUAACUUUAUACAUACUCCUUUUCACACAAUGCAGGGGAGACACGAGUCAUGAUAUAACCAAAACAGAUAUAAAAUUAGAUAAUAAUUUAGAUUCUAUCCACUGCCAUAGCUGUUAUAAUAAUAGUCCUACAGAAUCCCAUGUAGAAAAAUUUGUAGAUGUUGUUGAUGAUAUCGUGGGACAACUGAACACAUUCACUGAUAAACAUUUAAAUUUAAAUAACACAGUAAUAUAUUUAGAGAAGGCUGUCGAAGAUAUGCUUGAUAGAGCACUAAGUAAUGAUAGAUUUAAGAUAUUUGAUGGAGUUGAAGUGAAGCCUGUUGGAGGUAAUGAUACUAAAAUUGAGAAGAAAAGUGAUGAAGCUAGAGCAUUGUUUAGUAAAUACACCUAUGAGUAUAGAAUUUAUCAGAAGAUAAAGGAUUUUGUUAAUACGCAUAUUCUUUCGAUCAACCUGCCUAUGGCCGCUAAAUCGUUUGGGCUAAACAAAUUCUUCAUACCGAUCUUAAUAGGAGGACAAGUGUUAAUAAAAACAAUACUGUUUGCAAUGUUCCUGCCUAGCAUAUUGGGAAGCUUUGGGAAGAUGCUGAGCAAAGGUCUCUCCACAAUAUCAGCAUCGUCAUCCCAAGCCAGUUAUCCGCCUGCUAACGUGGAUGAUCAGGUUGGAUACAACUCGGACAACAAGGACUUCAUGGGUUACGAGACCAGUCAAACUGGAACCUAUGCUUACCCUCAAGAUGGCAUGUAUGGAGCUGAUGCUAAUGACGUCAAUGACCUGGGAAACGUUGAUAUGUCAAGGUUUGGAGUGGAUGGACAAAAAACAGGGUUCCUACCUUCAAAGAACAGUUAUUACAAGAAUCAAAUGAACACUGCUAAUAAUUACAAGGUGUUCCAAAAGAUUCCAGCUUCCUCCAUGAUCCUGAGUAACUACGACCCGUUCUACUCCCCACUGUUGUCACGACUCGACGGCAUAUUUGCACGACUUGGUUUGGCACCAGCAGAGAAUUCAGUGGAUGAAAACAUCGAAGCUUGCAGAGAACAGCUGAUAUGUUUGAUGUACGCCAGCCCAGCGAAGUUUGCGCCAUACAGCAAUCUGGUCUCUGCUCAACUCAGCAGAGAACUGAACGAGCUCCGAAGGCCAGUUUCCGACAAUCCUGAGAUUCUGCGCUUCUUUAAAUAUAUGAAGGCAGCCAGACGAGGGCAGGAGACAUCAGACUGUAUGUACGCCUACCCGACGUGCACUGCCAACGCUCCAAAGACGCAUACUAUGAUAGCAGCCUACCACGACAUCAAUAAAUUAGUCACUGCUAGAAAACUACACAAGUAAACGAAAAAUAUAAGGCCUAUUUCACUCCGAGGUCGAGUUUGUUUUGCGUUAACGUGAUCGAGAUGUUAAUGACGUUCGGCGCUCUGAUUGGCCUGCUCCUAAUUAACCAACCAAUCAGAGAGCUAAACGCAGUAACGUGUCGAUCAAGUCACCGUUAAACAAACUUGAACUAAGCAUUUUGAAAAAACUACAACCAAUCAAGUGAUUCUUUAUUUUUUCAUAAUUAUGUUCAUUAUCAUUAGAAAAUUCCACGCGGACAUUUGAUUUUAAUACCUUAACCUCUGAGUAAAAAUAGUUAAAAGGAAAAUUCUUUGCUAAUGUCGGUUCACUUCUAGUGACGCAUGUGUGAGUGUGUGCAAAUUGAAACAAAAUGCAGGAUUAACAGUUUUUAAACUAUACGUCUCAAAGGCGUAUCUGAAUUAUUUAAUUGUGAAAAAUGUUUUAAACUAGGAAUUUAUAAUUAUAACGCGUUUAGCCAUGUUUGUAUUAUUUGUAAAAAAUGUAAACUUAUUAUUUAUUAUUUAAUUUAUAAGUCAUGAUUAUCGUAUGUCAAUGUAUACAAAAGGUUUUGAGGUUGGAAUUCAUCUUUUAACUUAUUUUUGUAUUAUAACUAUCGUUAGAUAUAAAUAACUUGUUAACUAUCUCACGUUACAAUUUCGACUAAGGUCGACUGUUUUCAAACCCCGCUAGCGGCUCAAAGUCAUAAGCUACAUUAUGCGACAAACAAAAUGAUGAUGUACAUACAUACAUAUAUAUAAACAUACGCCUGUCUCCCAUGGGGGUAGGCAGAGACUAUGAGACGCCAAUUGCUACGAUUCUUACAUAUAUCUCCUUUGCCAACAGUCAUCAGACUUUUCAUGCAUAAAGGAUGAUGAGUGAGUAAACCAUAACCAUAACUAUAGUUAGGUAAUUUAAGCCAAGGAUACACCAGAGGAUAAACGACACGUUGGGCAAAGUAGCCCGACGUUGCCGGACUUUGGUCGACAUAUCUGGCAACAUUAAUGUCGCAGUGGACAUAAGGCGAUCGUUGUUGCCAAAUAUUAUACGUAUGUCAGGUGAAGUCGGCCGACUUCAUACAUGUCGUGGAACAUUGUCUCCCUAGUGUAUUCUUGGCUUUAUUGUUUCAUAAAUGAAUAAACCAAUAUUAUGUAAAUAUUAACAACAUAAAGUUGUAUUUAAUUAAAGAAGACACUCUUAAUUUAAUUAUACCUUCAGUAAUUACUCAAAAAGUUGAAGAAUGUUCGCCGUAAGUACCUACUCUCAAUGUGGCGGGAGUUACUUCUAAACUUGAUACAUGUAUCUUUGUUUUUGAAACUGCGGACAAAGUGUGUUCUCGAGGAAUAAUUUUGAAUAAAGUAAGGUAUCUUCGUAAUGAUGUGGCUUUUAAGAUGAUUUAGAAGUUUCGCUUCUAAUGAGGAUUUAAUCCUCGAGUUAUU